GAAGUUGGUUUAUGAAAAAGAAAUACGCUACUUCCAUACUAAUGUGGCAUUUAAGUUAUUAACACUAUCGUUUACCGUUUAUGCAAACCAAAACAAAAUGCAUGUUGGAUAUAGUACUUAUGAUGAAUAAGAAGAAAUAAUCUACAUCGUAUUUUAUAUUUAAUUUUUCAAUAAUUAAUUAAAUAUUCUUGUUAAAAAUACUACAAAGGAAUUUCUUUUUAUGUUUUUAAUACAAAUUUAGUAUAUGAAAUAUAAAAAACUUAAUUUUUGAACGGAAAAGCUUGGACAGUGGCCCAUUUGGAUAGCAUGAAUGAAUGGCAAGUGGUAAAUGGCAGAGAGAUUUCAAUUUUCAAGUUCCAACCUCAAUAUUUGUGCCCUGCCCAUUAUUAUAUUUUUAACCGUUGCAUAUACAUCCAACUUGGAGAUUCGACAUUCGAGUUCUCUCCGUUUACUCCCAACAUUUUGCUUUUACUCUCUCCAAUAAGUGCAAAUAAGUUUGAGUUGAUAAAAUUAAGAAUUUUGCUUAGCUUAUUUCCUAAGUAGAUAGGUUAAGUAUAUUAUAAAAAUAAAUAUUUUACAAAAAUUACCACAAAAAUUAAUUCUUUUACAUUAUAUUAUUAUAUUUUUAAAAUAUGUCCAUGGCAGAUCUUAGUUAAAUCCAAAUAAUAAUAAUAGUAACUUGUUUGUUGUCCCAAUAAAGGAGAGGGAGCAGAGGGCAACGUUCAUUUUUGUUAUCUGUGUUGAAGUGAGCAGCAUCAAUGGCAGAGUACGAAGGUGAAGGUGUACCGAAGGAAACAGCACUGCAAGCAUUGAACACCAUAAUCCAGCUCCACUUCGAGAAGACGCUGGAGAAGAAGCGCGCCAUUGACCUCCAAAAGAAAGAGCUCCAGAAGCUCUUCCAGCUGCUCUUCAUCUUCCUCUCACUCGUCUUCUUGGCACUCUCUCAGUCACCGCAGCGCCUCCAAUGCCGCCACUGCUGGAUCCCCAUCACUCUCCUCUCCAUUGCACACCUCAUGUUCUACGUCUCCGUGGCACAGACCCUCAGGUGCAUCAAUGGAUUCAAGUACCAGAGGAGGUGCCACAAGCUCACACUUGGCUUGGCCACCGAGAAGCUCAGGGACAUGAAGCUCAGACUCGCCAACACUGAUUUUGUUGCUGAGGAUGACUUUGAAAUUCACUACCAGGAACCACCUGACUCCUACUUUGGCAAGUUCAAGAGGAAUUGGGCUCUUCAUUUUGCCUUCUUGAUCUUCAUCUAUGGCUUCAUGGUCUCUGCCUCUGUCGUUCUUCUCUGCUUCUAGUUCACAUUUAAUCUCAGUCAAAUUUUCUUCUUGAUGUAUCUCUUAUCUUUUCUUAAUAAAUUUGUGUCUUUUUAUUACUUACCAAACAGGGGCCUAAAUACAUAAAGGUAUGUAAAUGUACACAAAAAGCAACUUUUUUAUUUGAAUCAAGUUACAGCUGGAUGUAUGAAUUCAUUUGGAAAUUGGAACACACAUCAUCAAUCAUCA